AUGCAGGACGCCUGCACUGCUCGCAAAGCUGAGGAGAUCCAAGGCUACGCGGACCGCAACGAAUGGAAAAACUUCUUCUCUGCGAUCAAAGCUGUCUACGGUCCGCUGACGAAGGGCACUGCUCCUCUCCUCAGCGCCGACGGCAGCACUCUCCUGACUGAGAAGACGCAAAUCCUUCAGCGAUGGGCCGAGCACUUCCGAGGCGUCCUCAACCGCCCUUCCGUCAUCUCCGACGCCGCCAUCGCCCGCUUGCCGCAAGUGGCGACCAACGCGGACCUCGACCUCCCGCCAUCUCUCCAGGAAACGAUCAGAGCCGUGCAACAGCUCUCCAGCGGGAAAGCACUCGGAUCGGACGCAAUCCCUGCUGAGGUCUACAAGCAUGGAGGUCCCCUACUGAUGGAUCACCUGACUGCGCUCUUCCAGGAGAUGUGGCGUCAAGGUAAAGUCCCUCAAGAUUUCAAGGACGCGACUAUCGUGCACCUUUACAAGCGAAAAGGGAAUCGCCAAGUCUGCGACAAUCACCGCGGCAUCUCCCUACUGAACAUCGGCGGGAAGAUCUUCGCUCGCAUCCUGCUCCACCGCCUCAAUAACCAUCUAGAACAGGGCCUUCUGCCGAAAAGCCAAUGUGGCUUCCGUCGUCAUCGUGGGACCACGGGUAUGAUCUUCGCCGCCCGCCAACUUCAGGAGAAGUGCCAGAAGAUGCGGACCCACCUGUACUCUACCUUCGUGGACCUGACGAAAGCCUUCGACACGGUGAAUCGUGAAGGACUGUGGAAGAUCAUGCAGAAAUUCGGCUGUCCGGAGCGAUUCACUCAGAUGGUGCGUCAGCUGCACGACGGUAUGAUGGCGUGAGUCACGGACAACGGAGCUGUCUCAGAGGCAUUCGCAGUGACCAACGGAGUGAAGCAGGGCUGUGUGCUGGCACCAAACCUCUUCAGUUUUAUGUUCUCUGCCAUGUUGAUGGACGCCUACCGCGACGAACGCCCCGGGAUCCGCAUCGCCUAUAGAACGGACGGUCAUCUCCUGAAUCAACGGCGAAUGCACUUCAAAUCGCGCGUAUCCACAACCACCGUGCACGAACUCCUCUUCGCCGACGACUGCGCCCUGAACACCACCUCGGAAGAGGAGAUGCAACGCAGCAUGGACCUCUUCGCUGCCGCCUGCGAGAACUUUGGGCUGGUCAUUAACACGCAGAAGACGGAGAUGAUGAUCAAGCGCCACCCAACUCAGUCACAGCCCCCAACACGCCGCAAAUCAACGUGA